AUGGAGGAGGUUGUCCCUGCUUCAGCUAAUAGCCAAACUCCGACUGGUGAUGCCGCGGCAGAUCAGCCUAUCAACGUGUACGUGUGGGACUUGGAUGAAACACUUAUUCUGCUCAAGUCCCUGCUAGAUGGGUCGUUUGCCGGGCAUUUUGAAGGCCUCAAGGACUAUGAAAAAGGUACUGAAAUAGGCAAGCGCUGGGAGAACAUCAUUCUUGAACUCUGCGAUGAGCACUUCUUCUAUGAGGAGAUUGAGAACUACAAUCAACCCUAUCUCAGUUCUUUACAUGAGUAUGAUGACGGGAAAGACUUGACAAAAUAUGAUUUUGAGGCCGACUGCUUUAGUUCUCCUUUUGAUGAUGUGAAUAAAAGGAAGCUUGCCUACAGGCAUCGUGCUAUUGGAGACAAGUAUGCAAAGGGUUUGCAAAAAAUUCUGGACCACCGCAUGUUCAAAGUCUGGAGUGAUUUGUAUAGUUCGACAGACAAAUAUACUGAUGGCUGGCUUUCUUUAGCUCAUAAGUUGCUGGAAGAAGCGCUGGGUAAAUCAACACCUGAGCCUGCUGUCAAAUCUUCAAGUAUCAAUUGCAUAGUGACUUCAGGGUCCCUGGUUCCGAGCAUUGCCAAAUGUUUGCUGUAUCGCCUGGACGACGUGGUAUCAUCUGAUAAUGUUUACAGCUCGUGGGAAUCGGGGAAGCUGCAGUGCUUCAAGUGGAUCAAGGAACGGCACGGCGGCCCGAAUGUCCGCUUCUGCGCGGUUGGAGACGGCCCCGAGGAGCGCAGCGCAGCUUCUAUAAUGAAAUGGCCGUUCGUCAAGAUCGAGAUCCGCCCAGAUGCUCCUCACAGGUUCCCCGGCCUGAGCCUGUCAACGAUCCACGGCAUCAUGGACGCCGUGUACCAGUCAUCAGGCAAAGACGGUUGA